AUGAGCGGCCCUCGUACCGCCCCGACGGCGGGCGACGUCUUCUCCGAUUCGUUCCACCCCUCGCCUCUCGCGACUCGCGGUCACACGGCUACCGCCUCGUCGCAGGACAAGCGCCCCCUCGUGCCAGUGUCUCAGGGCUGGUUCUCGCCCUCCGGCGGCAUGCGCGGUCCAGGCGAGGCUCUCGAGUCGGUGCGCGAGGACGACGAGGAGUCGGAGGUCGGGACGGCUUCGCGCGGCAAGAACGAGGCGACGCGCUCGCGUAUGCACCCUCCUCGCUUCGACAGUCCCCCUCCCUCGCCAGCUCCUCAGCAUCGCAAGCCAAUUUCCGCCUCGCCCGCCCCUGCCAGCAUCUCUUCUCACUCGCCUUGGAUCAUGCGCUCCGGAAGCGACUUCCAACAGGCAUCUCCCCUCUCCCACGCCCCGUUUGGUCCUCCUUCCCUCGCUUCGCCCGCCGGUACUCCCAGCAAGACCCGCUUCGCUCGCCUCGACGAGGACCCUCUUCUCAGCCCGUCGAAGCCACCGCCUCGCCAGUCCGCCUCGUCGCCGACGACGCCGCUCCGCCCUGGCCAGUGGGCUACGACCUUCGGCCCACCUCGCGCAAGUCCUGCGAAGGCCGGAGAGGCGGCCGCCUGGACCUGGCCCGCUCGUCCUACAGUCGAUCAGGCCAACCGUUCGAUGGGCGAAGGAGUCGUCGACACCCCUCACAAGUCGCAGCAAGGAUGGGGCAACUCGCCGUCGAAGGCGACUCCUACGAAGCGUACCGGCCAGGGUGCGCCGCUCGUCGCGUCUCCGCCAAAAGUCACAAAUCAGGUCAAGGACAACGUGAACGCCACUCGCUACGUCUUGAUCAGCCACCUCGACCGCGACUUGUCUGAGCAGGAUCUUCGCGAGAUUGUCUUGACUCAGUGCGAGGGCUUGAGCAUGCGCGGCUGCUUCACCGCUUUCUUGCGCGCCGUCGGCCAGGUCGUCUUGGUCUUCCACGAUGUCCGCGACGCCUUGGCCGCCGUCCGCAACUUCAAGCUUCGCUUUGAGCUCUCCCGUUCCGUCUUCGCCCAGUCUUCCACCGUCGCCAACGCUCGCUGCAUCACGAGGGACUCAUUCGAAGAGCUUGCUGGUCAACACCCUUCGAACCCGCUCUUGUCGACCUCGGAGGGCGUCCUCGUCUUCACCCUCAGGGGCCCGACCUCGACGCCGUACUUUACUCCGCUUCCUCUCCUCGCCUCGUUCGGCGAGAUCCGCGCGCUCAAGGUCGUCGAGGAACACCUCCACGUCGUUGAGUACUGGGACGAUCGUGCCGCUCAGACGGCGUGCCAGCGCCUGGACGGCAAGCAUGCGGGAGGAGCGAGGUUCGGGUGCAGUUUCGAGCCUGCUGUCGCGAGUGUUGAUCUCCCCGACUGGGCGGAGCUCACGACGGCCCCGAACAACUCGGCGUCGCCCAUCGACAGCUUCUUCACCCCGCCAUUCGUGCCGACUGGCUCGUCCAGCCACGCUGCGGCGCCGGCGAGCUGGACCCCGCCUUCCGCCAUCCCUACGCCAGCUCAGACGCCGCGAAUCGCACAGUUUGCCCCGCAUGAUCCCUUUGUGAGCGGGUUUGCGCCGAGUCGUCCUGCGUAUGCUGGCCACGCUGCGCCGAGCAUGACGGGCAUGGUCUACAAGCCCACUCCUUCUCCCAUUCCGAGCUUUCAGUACUCUCCGGAUCCUUCGCCUGCCGCGCAGCCUGCGCCGUCGGCUGAUCCCGCCGAGUACGACAUCCCUCCGCACAAGCAAGCGAGUCCGCCUCUCUCUCGCCUCGAGCGCAAGUCUCGUGUUGGCCGCGACUUUGGCAUCGUCCGCGACGACAAGAUUCCGUCCGGCAACGUGCUCGUCUUCGAGCGCAUCGAGCGUGGCAUCGACAUGCGCACGACCUUGAUGAUCAAGAACAUCCCGAACAAGAUGAAGGACUACGAGGUCAUGGAGUUCAUCGACGAGGCGAGUUCGCCCCUUCGCUCCUUCCCUGUAGCUCGCACUCACUUUGCCCGUCCGCAGGUCGUCGGCAGGUCCUACGACUUCUUCUACCUCCGUUGCGACUACUCGAACGGCUGCAACGUCGGAUACGGCUUCGUCAACUUCACUUCGACGACGGCGCUCCUCCAGUUCGCCAAGGCUCGUCUCGGCACGAGGUGGAACAAGUGCGGGUCGGACAAGCUCUGCGUGAUGAGUUACGCCAACAUCCAGGGCAAGGCCUCGCUCAUCGCGCACUUCAAGAACUCGUCGGUGCUCGACCAGGACGAGAGUCGCAGGCCAAAGCUGUUCGUCUCGAGCGGUCCUCGCGCCGGCGAGCCCGAAGCCUUCCCAGCCUGCGACGAUCCCAUCCGCAAAGCUCGCUCGGCCAUGAACGCCUCCAACGUCGGCCUCUUCCCCUCGCACAAGCCCGUCUUCAAGGUUGCAAAGGCGUUCAAGGGGUUGCAGAUCAGCGACGAGCAGUGA